UAGAAGUUGUUUGCCAACCGCCAUAAAGAAGAAGAAGAAGUAGUAGUAGUACUUUUUUGGUUUAAAACAGCUUCCGUAGUUUCUGUGAUGUUGCUUUUCGGACUUGUGUUCUCUCUGUUCCUGACAGCUUUAUUAUUUCUUCUUCGGGUUUAUUUUCUCUUAAAUUCGGGAUCUAAUCAUCCGCCCAAAACCAGAAGCCAUGUUGCUGUUCUGGUCGUUGCAGGAUCAGGUGGUCACACCACAGAGAUCAUGCGGCUGAUGGAGAGCCUCUCUGCUGCCUACACACCUCGACACUACGUGAUCGCUGACACUGACAAGAUGAGUGAGGAGAAAAUUGUCGCCUUUGAAAGUUCAAAACCACAGUCGCACACUGACGUCCAGUUCACCAUCAAUCGGAUCCCACGGAGCCGAGAGGUGGCCCAGUCAUGGAGUUCCUCUGUUGUUAGCACCCUGAGCGCUCUGAGAUACUCCCUCCCUUUGGUGUUCAGACUCCAGCCUGAUGUGGUGCUGUGUAAUGGUCCAGGGACCUGCGUUCCUCUGUGUAUAACUGGACUUUUACUCAGAAUUCUGGGAAUAAAGAAAGUCGGGAUAGUGUAUGUUGAAAGCAUUUGCCGAGUGCAGACACUGUCUUUAACCGGCAGGAUCCUGUACCUGGUAUCUGACUAUUUUUUUGUGCAAUGGUCAUCUCUGAGGGACAAAUACCCCAAAGCCAUUUUUCUGGGAAGAAUAGUUUGAUAGGUGAUAAACCAUGGAUGCUAAGUUGCACACAUGCAAAUAAAGGACUGAAUGUCUGCUGUUCCACUUAUGUAUUUUUCAUACUUGCUGUUUUCAGUUGUAUACACAAUUAAAGUUGAAAUAUGAAAGAGGUCCACCUCCUGAUUAAACCUGUCUGCAAAUCCUGAAUGUUUUAUUCUUAAAAAUGAUCCCGUCAUGGUAAGAAACCCUGGUGAAAAAUAAAUAUACUAAGUAUUUAAAAUUUUAGUAUACUUUGGAAUAUACUAAAGCCAGCAUACUUUAAGUCAGACUAAUCAUGAGUAUAAAUUGGUGCACUUUAAGUUCACUUAGGAUUAGUUAACUUAACAUUUUGGAACAACAAAUUUUGUGCUUAGUGUCUAAUAGUAUUUAAAUUGGAUUAAAGUGUACUUUCAUGUACUUUUUUUGGAACAAUUUAAGUUAUACUUAAUAUACUUUAAGUAUAUUGCUUUUUAUGUAAUAUAAAUGUGCUUGAUUAGUAUAUUUUGAGUGUACUAUUUUUGUGAUCAAAUUACAUUUAAAAUAUAUUUAGAAUGUAUUUUAAGUAUAUUGGCAUUACAUAUUUUAUAUAUUAGUAGUGUGAUUACAGUAUGCCACAAUUCCAUUUUUGGUUUAUUGUAAUUGUAAUGAAGUACAAUUUUAGUUAAUGUCUUUUAUUAAUCUGCUUUCCCACAUUGUACAUUACAUGCUUCUUACACACUACAGUACUGCAAACACAUCAGGUACCAGAACAAGAAGGAUCAAUUACAACACACUUUCCAGAUGAAACAAAUUACAUUGUGUAUUCAAUAUAUUCACAUUUUUCAUGAGGACAUUGCCAAUAUACUAUCACAGAAUUGUACAAAUUGUCAGUAUAUUCAAAGUUUACAGGCAACAUGCUUCAGAAAAUUAGCACAAUAAAACAAUAGGUACACUUUAGAUCAGUGGUGCCUAACCCCCGGGCCGCCCAAUAUUUCUGUUUUUCAGCUGCUGCUGCUCAGCAGUUUGACCCAAAGCUGACAGGCAUGAACUACAGCCAUACUGUCAAAAAGUGGCUUUGUUACUCAACAGAGCAGGAGGAAGGCAUCAAGGAACCAAAGUGAUGCCAAUCAGAGUCAGACUUGGGUUACCCCAACUUGUACCGUUUCCCUGGUUCAUUCAGUACAAGGCUUAACCUCAUGGACGUUGUUCUUUCAUGGACGAUGGAAUGUUGUUCAAAAAGGAGUCAAAUGUGUUUACAGAUUUAUGGCUAUUUUCCUAAAUAAAAUGUAAUAUUAAUGUU